UAGUCUGCUUGUCGUUGCUGAUCUGGGUGUUUAACUGCAAAAAUUUAAACGUGCCCAGUCAAUUCUCACGUAACUGUUCCUAUACUUUCUUUUAUUAUUUGGUUCUGUGAUAGUACAUCUUAAAAAUGACAAGUGUUCCUUUGUGGAAUCAGUCGCAUUUACCGAGCCCUGCUACAUCCGCCCACAAAAUAUCUGCACAAUUUCAAGGAAUUAUGAAUACUUUUCUAGAAGAUUUAUCUGAGAAAUCACAAAAAUUAAAGGAUUUUAUGUCAUUGAUUACAUCUGAGGUUGUUCUUCUAACACGGUUUUUGUACAAGCUUAGAGCAGUAUUUGCCCAUGAUAAAAGCUACAGAGUUUUGAAGCAUAUCCAGAAAAUGGUGAACAAAUUACUUGAAACAAACCUUGUGUCUGAUCUCGCUAGUUUUCAGGAACAACAUCUUGUCAGCUUGAAAACUGUGAGUGCAAUAUUUGUUGCACCAAAACCCAAAUAUGAAUAUAUUCAAGUAAGGCUGCAGGGCAUUACCAGAUUACUGGCUCAGAUUCUAUGUCUCAGCCAGCACUAUGGUACACUAAUGAUCCAAAAGAUGCAGUUAGGGCAUUUCAUGAGUAUAGUUGUGAUUUCCAUGUCUUUUGUUUCAAGAAUUUGGGCAUUAUCACUUCAUACAAUGUACUUCUUAAUGCAAUUGUUUGGCAGCAUCAGUAGUAUUUGUCAUACAGAAGGAUUGGUACCUAAUAGUACUGUGAACUUCUUGUCCAAAGGAUGUACCAUUCCUCUGAGCUUGGAAGAUUGGUUACAAUCAGAUCACACUCUUGUAGACAUACAUCCAUUGCUGAAAAAAAGACAUGAAAGGGAGAGAACUUCUAACAAGCCUAACAUCUGGCAGUCAAUAAAGAUUGAAGAUGAUGAAAAGCAUUGCUUAUUCCAACUAAAAGAACUCGUCGAUACUGCUAGCCUUUCGGAAAUGAAAAAAAAUAACGAUAACUUGCAGGAAUCGAAUGUAGAGCUUAUCGGCUUCAAUAAAUUGAAAUCAAUGAAUAAUGCUGAUAUUGGAGAAUUAUUGACACGUGAACCACCUUUGCCGGUUACAAAAAGUAGGAAGAGAAAGCUAACCACGAAAAAUAAAGGGAAUCAAUUAGAAAACUGAUGAAAUUCCUUUAUUUUCCACACAUUUAAUACACUGUAUUCAUUACAACUGGAA